UGCCACGUUCCAGGCCAACUCCGGCCAUCCUGGCGCCCCUAUGGGCAUGGCCCCGGUGGCCCACGUUCUCUUCAACAAGUUCAUGACCUUCAACCCCAAGAACCCCGACUGGUUCAACCGCGAUCGCUUCGUCCUCUCGUACGUACCCCCAAUUCCUAUACUUGAGCUAUUCAAUGCGGGCACUCUCUCAAUGGCGCGCUGUUCCCGCGGGUUGCGCGUCGUGGUGGGCCCAGGCAUGCCUGAAACCCUUUUCCGCGGGGAAUCUGUGCCUGAGACAGUUGCUUUUCUUGUCUCUCGGGGCCUCUGGUCUCAAAUUUGCCGCUUAAGCGGACAACGGCAGCAUUUCCGCGCUGCUCCGCUGCGUUGCGGCGCUAUGGCUGAAAUUUCUUCUGAACGAGAUAUGACGAAAUCACUCACUCCGAGCGCGCAGUAACGGCCACGGAUGCAUGCUCCAGUAUGCGUUGCUCCACCUUUUCGGCUACGGGGUGAGCAUUGACGACCUCAAGAACUUCCGUCAAGUCGACAGCAUCACUCCCGGUCACCCAGAAGCCCACGACACUCCCGGUGUCGAAGUCACGACUGGCCCUCUUGGCCAGGGUUUCGCCAAUGCCGUCGGUAUGGCUAUUGGGCAGGCGCACACUGCGGCUGUCUUCAACAAGCCUGGUUACGAUCUGGUCAACAACUACACCUACAUGUUCUUCGGUGAUGGCUGCGCUAUGGAGGGUAUUGCCAGCGAAGCUGCAUCCACUGCUGGCCACUUGCAGCUUGGCAACUUGAUUGCUAUCUAUGAUGACAACCACAUCUCCAUCGAUGGUGACACCAAGUGCGCCUUCACCGAGGACGUUUUGAAGCGAUUCGAGGCCUACGGCUGGCACACCCAGUGGGUCAAGGAUGGUGAUCAUGAUUACGAGGGCAUUGAGGCCGCCAUUGCUAAGGCAAAGGAGGUGAAGGACAAGCCUUCAGUCAUCAAGCUCACCACCACCAUUGGUUUCGGAUCGAAGCUCCAGGGAACCGGCGGUGUCCACGGGAACCCUCUCAAGGCCGACGACUGCAAGCAAGUCAAGGAGAAGUUCGGAUUCGACCCCGAAAAGAUGUUCGUCGUGCCCCAGGAGGUGUACGAUAUGUACCACAAGCACGCUGCGGAAGGUGCAGCUGCUGAGCAAGAGUGGAACAAGCUCUUCGAGAAGUACGGUUCGGAGUACAAGGACCUCCACUCCGACCUCGCCCGUCGGUUAACCAGGAAUCUACCGGAAGGCUGGCAGAACAAGCUGCCGACGUAUAAGCCUACCGAUGCUGCCAUUGCAUCAAGGAAGCUGUCCGAGAGCGUCUUGGAGGCUAUCCACGACGUGAUCCCCGAGCUGCUCUCAGGAUCGGCAGAUCUGACUGGAUCCAACAACACUCGCUGGAAGAACGCCGUCGACUUCCAGCCUCCAAACUUAGGCAUCGGUGACUGGAGCGGCCGAUACAUUAGGUACGGCGUCCGUGAGCACGCCAUGGCUGCUAUUAUGAACGGCCUAUCCGCAUACGGCACCAUCAUCCCUGCCGGUGGUACCUUCCUGAACUUUGUCUCCUAUGCUGCCGGUGCCGUCCGUCUGUCCUCACUUUCCCACCAGCGUGUCAUUUACGUUGCUACUCACGACUCUAUCGGUCUUGGCGAGGACGGCCCGACGCAUCAGCCUAUCGAGACUCUCGCUCACUUCCGCGCCCUGCCUAACAUGAUGGUCUGGCGUCCAGCUGACGGAAACGAGACCUCUGCUGCGUAUUACAUGGCCCUAACCUCCAAGCAAACUCCCUCUAUCCUUGCCCUUACUCGUCAGAACCUGCCGCAGCUUGAGGGAUCAACGCUCGAGAAGGCCAUCAAGGGCGGCUACGUCGUCCUUGAGAAUAAGGACGCCAACGUCACCCUCGUCUCAACCGGUUCUGAGGUCUCACUGUGCCUCGAGGCUGUCAAGACGCUCAAGGAGCAGGGUCUUGUGGCUCGCGUUGUUUCGCUGCCUUGCGUCGAGGUCUUCGAUGCACAAGAUAAGGAGUACAGACUUUCCGUCAUUCCCGACGGCAUCCCGACCAUGAGCGUUGAGGUCAUGUCAACGCUUGGCUGGGAGAAGUACUCGCACGAGCAGUUCGGUCUCAACCGGUUCGGUGCUUCCGGCCCGUACAAGAAGGUCUACGAGAAAUUCGAAUUCACUCCUGAGGGUGUCGCUAAGCGCGCCAAGGCCACCAUCGACUUCUACAAGGACGUCAAGCCUCUGCGCUCGCCUCUCAACCGUGCUUUCACUCAGCUCAUCUAAGCUUUUGGUGGUGGUGGUUGGGGGUUCAUUGCGCCGGGUGCUGGUUCAUGGUUGCUUUAACGUCCUUUAGGUGAAGCGGUGUGUUUGCGAAACAGCUAGUCACGACAGGAAAAUGGGAAGUUAUGCGCGUAUAGAAUUUGAUAUCUUGAUUGGCAUAUCAUCACUCCCGGUGUCCGUCGCUGUGUGGCCAUCGAAGCAGUGAAAUGGAGUGUGCGCGAGAAGAACCACAACAUACCAAUGAACGGUGUGUUCUAAGCACCGGCCGCCGUUCCCGCAAUGAGGGAAGAGCGAAUAGCAGCAUAAUCAAAGAAGCUCUCCAAAG